AGUUGAGAGGAGUUUGUUGUGUUUCUGUGGGGGUUGCAUAACUGAAUUUUGGCCAUACGGCGCCGGUUCGGCUGUUUUGUUUUCGCAGGCUUCGUCGCGAUGGUGUGCGAGAAGUGUGAGAGAAAACUUGGGACUGUAAUUACACCUGAUACAUGGAAAGAUGGUGCAAGAAACACUACAGAAAGUGGUGGGAGAAAACUAAAUGAAAAUAAGGCAUUGACGUCAAAGAAGGCAAGGUUUGAUCCUUAUGGCAAAAACAAAUUUGCAAUAUGCCGAAUUUGUAAAAGUUCAGUUCAUCAGCCAGGCUCUCACUACUGCCAGGGAUGUGCAUACAAAAAGGGUAUCUGCGCUAUGUGUGGGAAGAAAGUCUUGGAUACGAAAAACUACAAGCAAACAUCCGUUUAAUUAUAUACCGUGCCAUUUUUAAUGAACAGCUUUGCGUUUAAGAACAGUUGUUGAACGUUAUCAACAUUGGAAUUAUUACUAAGUUUAAAGACUUCUUCAGAAUUGCAUGGGGAUUUAGUUGCAUUGUGUUAGUUCUGAUUUUAAACCUGGAUAAACAGUCUAACUCAUGCUUCUGUGAAUUUGCAGUAAGAGAGCCCUGGUGUAUUCUGGUAAUUUGAUAUGAUCACAGUCAUUUAGAUUUUUGGUACAUGAAAGAGUGAUCUGCACUUAAUGGUGUAUAUUGGAGAAAUAUUUAAUGUCUAGUUUAUCUAGAUAUAUAAUUAAUUUAAGUAGCACAUUUGUGUUAUCGGUUUCAAAUCUCAACUUGGAGAAAAUUUUAAAAGGCAGCAAAUAUAUUCCAGCUUUUACAGUUACUCUGCAGUAUCAGGAAUUAGAAGUUGCAUUGUGAGUUGCUGCAUCCAUCAGCAGUAGAAGAGCUACUGAUGAAAUAAAACUAGCAUUAAAUGAUUCAUUAUGCAAGUUUACAUGUGAAUGUAUUAAAAAAAAAUGCAUAACUUGUGACCCACCAAGCCAACCACAGCUCACUUGAAGUUCUGUAAGGUUUCUGUGAUCUGCGUAGAACGGCAAAAACAAAAGCUUGUUGAGCAUCUGGCAGAUUGCAAUACAUGGCUACUGCGCUUUAUUCAGCUUGAUGGGUCUCACAUUCCAAGGACCUAAUGUGUAAUAAAUGUGCUGUCACUUAUUACUGCCACUAUUAUUACUUUCCAUCUGUUUAUUUUAUUUUUUUGGACUGAAACGUAAGAUUGAAUUAAAUCUUUUAGCAAAAACGAUCCUUUGCCCUCAUGUGAAAGUGCUGUGGCAUUACUUGAAUAUAGAGGAGAAACUGUACAUAAAAUAUUUCCAUUUGUUGCAUUAAAACAAAGAGUGACUGCCCAUGUUAUUUGGGGUUUUUUAGUGUGUUUUUCUUAUGUAUGCUGUUCUUGCUUCCAAUGUUACAGCAAGCUAACCUUGACCCUUUUGGUGCUCCGUAGCAGCUCCAGGUGCCGUUUGAUUUGCCCCGCUAAAAUUAUUUUUUUUACACUGAUUAUUUUAGUAUUGUUUUAAUUUUUGUGAACUGCCCAAAGAGCUUUGGCUAUUGGGCGGUAUAAAAAUGUAAUAAACAAAUAAAAUAAAUUUGGGGGGAGUCCCCCUGAAUUUUGAAGGACUUCCCACCCCUGCUUUAGAUAAUA